AGCAGAGGAGGGCGGGAGAGAGGGGGGAAGAAAACGCCCUGGAAACUUGGUUGAUCGAGAAAUAGGAAAAGAGUGACAGAAUCCUAACAGACGACAACGUUGUGACUGGAAGAAGUGCUUUUGGUUGCUUGGUCUGGGGAGAAGGGACCAGGACACGUUUUCAAGGAUGCUCAAGUUGGCGUGAGGCUUCUUGGGCGCAAAGACUGCGCACAGAAGCCAAGACAACAAGAACCACAACAUCAGACUGAAGGCCUUGGCCUGGCUUGAGCAAUCUAAGGAAAAUCAAGAUAGAGUUUCCAACACACCAGGGCUUAAAUAGAGUAAAGCAAAACAAGAUGGCUGAAGAAGAGGACACCAGAGAGGUGCUCUUUCUGGAUUGGGAGGGCACAGACAAAUCUGGCUUAAUCAUUGAACAUAGUGGAGGAGAGAUCUUUGUCAAGGAGGUGAAAGGAGAGUCACCUGCAGCACGGACUGGACAAGUAUACAAAGGUGACCAGAUUGUGGGUGCCACUGUCUACUUUGAGAACUUGAGCUCAGAAGAAACAGCUGACAUACUGAAGACAUUGAACCGCCACAAGGUUGGACUGAAACUACAAAACAAAGACAGAUCCCCUUACUGCUCCCCCAUGAGCACACCGUGUCGUUCGCCAAUCAGCACCCUCACAUGGGAAGGGAAGACCAGGUUCAGAAGUUCCAGUCCAGACAUCAUCCUCAGUGGAGAGGAUGAGGACUAUAAGAGAAUAUAUUCAAAGAAGAUUAAACCGAGGCUGAAGUCUGAAGACCUUGCAGAGGGCGUAGAUGUUCGCACAGAGCGGCAUAGCAGCACAAGCAGCGAUGGCAGCACAGUUACGACCAUCACCCGCCGCAUCACCACCUACACAGUGGACAUGCCAGGUGGCAUAAGUGAGCAACUUGAACUUUCAAGCCCAGAGUUCAAGGGGCUAAGGCACAAAUCUGGUGAUGGCUCUCCUCGUAUACAAAUCUCGCAAGGCAACUCUUCAGGUAAAGUGGGAGCAGAAGAGGGACUUUUUGAGUCAAGUAAUGUCUCUUACACUGGGCCACACGUUAGCUCCACAGAGACAGGAUGGGGCAGUGGGGAGGAUAAGGUCUCAACAACUUCAAGAGAGGUAGAAGGUUCCAGAUUCCAAGGGCCUAGCUUUGGAGUAACAGAGGGUAACGGCCAGAGAGGCUUUGAGAUCUCAAGAGGGAGUGGGGAGCAAGGUGAUAGAAGAAUUCAGAUGUCAGGAACAAACAUGACAUUAAGAGACAGCACAAACACUGGUGGUGAGCAUAUUACAAUAGAAGGGUUGGGAGGUGCAGAUGUAACCUCAACUGGUGAGAACCGAGGGUCAAUUGGUCUUUCUUUACCAGGAAAAAGCCUGCAGAUUUUGACUUCUUCCAUGGAUAAAACACAGGAGGGAAGUAUUGACACCAGUUUAGGUGAGAGGACAAAGAUGAAGGUAUCUGAAACUACCAUCAGUCAGCCACAGGCAAAGGGAUCAGACAUCACACUAGGAGGACCAGCAAUACAAGUUGUUAAUGUCAGCAAAGGAUAUUCCUUAGUGCCAGGCAAUAUUUCAAUGGCAGGUGACGAUGUCAACAUUGAGGGUUCAAAGUUGAAAGGUGAGGUUGAUUUCAAAGCACCUGAAAUCCACUCGAGCAUUCAAACCAAAGUACCAAUGAGUGAUAUCAAAUACAAAAUGUCUGAGGUUAAAAUUCCAUCAUUAUCUGGGUCAGAUACAGAGGAUUUCAAGGUCGGGGGAAAUAUUGAUGUAACAAUGGCGAAGACUGAGGGAGAAAUAAAGCCACCGAAAAUAGACAUUAAAGUUCCAGCUAUAAAUAUUGAGAAGAAUGAAGGCAAUUCAAAAAUGCCCCAGAUAAAGACACCAUCAUUUGGGGCCAAGGGACCAAACUUUGAUGUGAAAGCUUCUGGGGUUGACUUUAAAGCACCAUCCAAAACAGGGCCCACAAUUCCAGAAUGGGAUAUCAGUCUGAAACGAAGAAAUGUGAAGGGAGAUGUGGAUGUGUCUGUUCCAAAGAUUGAGGGACACACAACACAAUCUAAAGUUGAAGGACCAGAAGUUGAUAUUGAAAUGCCUCAAGGUGGAUUUGAGAUCCCUGGAAUCAAAAUUCCAUCGUUUGGCUUUACUGGACCGAAGAUCGAAGCUCAAGAUGGCGAUAUAAAACUAACAAAACCUGAAAUUGAUUUCAAGGCACCUGAGGUUGACAUUAAAGCAUCGAAAGGGAAAUUUGAGAGCCCAGAUAUAGACAUACAAACUCCCAAAGUGAAUAUUGACCUUGAGGGAGCUAAAGGUGACUUCAACCGUUCAAAAAUUACAAUGCCGUCCAUUGGCCUGAAAAGUCAAAAACUUAAAGAUGAUUUUGAUUUAUCCAAACCAAAGAUUAAAGGAGACAUAACAGCACCUGAAGUAGACAUUAAAUGUCCACAGGUUGAUAUUGAAACACCAAAGGGUGGAUUUGAAAUGCCUAAAAUCAAGAUGCCAACCUUUAAAAUCAAAGAUCCAGAAAUGGUUGGUCAAGAUAUUGAUCGAAACAUUGAUGUGAAAGCACCUGAAGUUAACAUUGACGUGCCAGGAGUUGGAACGAAAGGACCGAAUGCAAAACUAAAAGGAGACAAAUUCAACAUGCCAACCAUAACAGGAGCAAAAACGACUAUGCCAAAUGUGGAUUUUAAUUUGAAAGGUCCAAACCUCAAAGGCGAAGUGUCCGCUCCAAAGAUAGAGGGAGACAUAAAAACAGCUGACUUUGACAUUGAAGUUCCAGAGGUCAACAUUGGGGGGCCAAAGAGUGGAUUUGAAACACCUAAAAUGAAGAUGCCCUCAUUUAACAUAAAAGGACAAAAAUGGGAUGGUCCUGAAAGAGAUUUUAAUAAUCCUAAAACUAAAAUUGAUGUAAAAAUGCCUAAAGUAGACAUUAAUGCUCCAGCAAUUGACGUUCAAGGCCCGGAUCUUCCAGAGUUUGACAUUGAUGUUCCAACGGGUGGGUUUGAAAUGCCGAAAAUCAAAAUGCCAUCAUUUGGUUUCAAAGAUCCAAAAGAUGAGAUUGCUGUCAAAGUACCCAAUGCUAAUAUAACAGGAUCGGGCCUUGAUGUUGAAGGUCCUGAUGCAAAAUUGAAAGGACCAAAAAUCCAACUGACAUCAGGAUCAGGACCCAAGCUGCCAGAAUGGGACGUGAGUCUGAAAGGGGCCAAAAUUAAAGGAGAUUUCGAUGUGUCAGUUCCAAAGACUGAGGGUGACAUCAAAGCUCCCAAGGUUGACAUUGAAGGACCGGAUGUCGACAUUGAAGGCCACAAAGGAGGAAUUAAAAUGCCUACAUUUACUAUGCCCUCAUUUGGACUAAAAGGUCCAAACAUUGAAGGACCAGACGUUGAUGUCAGCCUCCCGAAAGCUGAUAUUGACAUUAACGCUCCUGACUUGGAUAUCAAAGGACAAGACUUUGACAUUGAGAGUACAAGUGGAAAAUUCAGAGGACCCAAAUUCAAUAUGCCAAGCAUUUCAGGAUCUAAACUAUCCAUGCCAGAUGUGGAUUUCAAUCUGAAAGGUCCCAAAAUUAAAGGUGAUGUGGAUAUGUCAGUGCCGAAGAUAAAGGGAGGCAUAAAAACACCUGAAGUUGACAUCCAAGGUCCAGAGGUUGAUAUUGAAGGUCACAAAGGUGGAUUUGAAAUGCCUAAAAUCAAAAUGCCAUCAUUUGGCUUCAGGGGUCAAAAAAUGGAAGGUCCAGAUGUUGAUAUAAACCUUCCCAAAGGUAAUAUUGAUAAAGAAGUACCUGAUGCUAACAUUAAAGGACCAGACAUUGAUGUUGAAGGUCCUGAUGUAAAAUUGAAAGGAUCCAAAUUCCAACUGCCAUCAAUAUCAGUACCUAAGCUUCCAGAAUGGGAUGUGAGUCUGAAAGGGCCCAAAAUGAAAGGUGAUGUGGAUAUGUCAGUGCCGAAGAUUGAGGGUGACAUCAAAGCUCCCAAGAUUGAGAUUGAAGGACCAGAUGUCGACAUUGAAGGCCACAAAGGAGGAUUUAAAAUGCCUAAAUUUAAUAUGCCCUCCUUUGGACUAAAAGGUCCAAACAUCGAAGGACCAGACGUUGAUGUCAGCCUCCCAAAAGCUGAAAUUGACAUUAACGCUCCUGAAGUGGAUAUCAAAGGACAAGACUUUGACAUUGAGAGUCGAAGUGGUAAAAUCAGAGGACCCAAAUUCAACUUGCCAAGCAUUUCAGGACCUAAACUAUCCAUGCCAGAUGUGGAUUUCAAUCUGAAAGGGCCCAAAAUGAAAGGAGAUUUCGAUAUGUCAGUGCAGAAGAUUGAGGGUGACAUCAAAGCUCCAAAGGUUGAGAUUGAAGGACCAGAUGUCGACAUUGAAGGCCACAAAGGAGGAUUUAAAAUGCCUAAAUUUAAUAUGCCCUCCUUUGGACUAAAAGGUCCAAACAUCGAAGGACCAGACGUUGAUGUCAGCCUCCUAAAAGCUGAUAUUGACAUUAACGCUCCUGAACUGGAUAUCAAAGGACCAGACUUUGACAUUGAGAGUCCAAGUGGUAAAAUCAGAGGAUCCAAAUUCAACAUGCCAAGCAUUUCAGGACCUAAACUAUCCAUGCCAGAUGUGGAUUUCAAUCUGAAAGGGCCCAAAAUGAAAGGAGAUUUCGAUGUGUCAGCUCCAAAGAUUGAGGGUGACAUCCAAUCUCCCAAGGUUGAGAUUGAAGGACCAGAUGUCGACAUUGAAGGCCACAAAGGAGGAUUUAAAAUGCCUAAAUUUCAUAUGCCCUCCUUUGGACUAAAAGGUCCAAACAUUGAAGGACCAGACGUUGAUGUCAGCCUCCCAAAAGCUGAUAUUGACAUUAACGCUCCUGAACUGGAUAUCAAAGGACAAGACUUUGACAUUGAGAGUCGAAGUGGUAAUAUCAGAGGAUCCAAAUUCAACAUGCCAAGCAUUUCAGGACCUAAACUAUCCAUGCCAGAUGUGGAUUUCAAUCUGAAAGGUCCCAAAAUGAAAGGUGAUGUGGAUAUGUCAGUGCCGAAGAUAAAGGGAGGCAUAAAAACACCUGAAGUUGACAUCCAAGGUCCAGAGGUUGAUAUUGAAGGUCACAAAGGUGGAUUUGAAAUGCCUAAAAUCAAAAUGCCAUCAUUUGGCUUCAAAGGUCCAAAAAUGGAAGGUCCAGAUGUUGAUAUAAACUUUCCUAAAGGUAACAUUGUUGUUAAAGUACCUGAUGUUAAUAUUGAAGCGGACUUUGAUGUUGAAGGUCCUGAUGUAAAAUUGAAAGGAUCCAAAUUCCAACUGCCAUCAAUCUCAGUACCUAAGCUGCCAGAAUGGGAUGUGAGUCUGAAAGGGCCCAAAAUGAAAGGAGAUUUCGAUGUGUCAGCUCCAAAGAUUGAGGGUGACAUCAAAGCUCCCAAGGUUGAGAUUGAAGGACCAGAUGUCGACAUUGAAGGCCACAAAGGAGGAUUUAAAAUGCCUAAAUUUCAUAUGCCCUCCUUUGGACUAAAAGGUCCAAACAUUGAAGGACCAGGCGUUGAUGUCAGCCUCCCAAAAGCUGAUAUUGACAUUAACGCUCCUGAACUGGAUAUCAAAGGACAAGACUUUGACAUUGAGACAAGUGGUAAAAUCAGAGGACCCAAAUUCAACAUGCCAAGCAUUUCAGGACCUAAACUAUCCAUGCCAGAUGUGGAUUUCAAUCUGAAAGGUCCCAAAAUGAAAGGUGAUGUGGAUAUGUCAGUGCCGAAGAUAAAGGGAGGCAUAAAAACACCUGAAGUUGACAUCCAAGGUCCAGAGGUUGAUAUUGAAGGUCACAAAGGUGGAUUUGAAAUGCCUAAAAUCAAAAUGCCAUCAUUUGGCUUCAAAGGUCCAAUGGAAGGUCCAGAUAUUGAUAUAAACCUUCCCAAAGGUAACAUUGAUGUUAAAGCACCUGAUGCUAAUAUUGAAGCGGACUUUGAUGUUGAAGGUCCUGAUGUAAAAUUGAAAGGAUCCAAAUUCCAACUGCCAUCAAUCUCAGUACCUAAGCUGCCAGAAUGGGAUGUGAGUCUGAAAGGGCCCAAAAUGAAAGGAGAUUUCGAUGUGUCAGCAAAGAUUGAGGGUGACAUCAAAGCUCCCAAGGUUGAGAUUGAAGGACCAGAUGUCGACAUUGAAGGCCACAAAGGAGGAUUUAAAAUGCCUAAAUUUCAUAUGCCCUCCUUUGGACUAAAAGGUCCAAACAUUGAAGGACCAGACGUUGAUGUCAGCCUCCCAAAAGCUGAUAUUGACAUUAACGCUCCUGAACUGGAUAUCAAAGGACAAGACUUUGACAUUGAGAGUCGAAGUGGUAAAAUCAGAGGACCCAAAUUCAACAUGCCAAGCAUUUCAGGACCUAAACUAUCCAUGCCAGAUGUGGAUUUCAAUCUGAAAGGUCCCAAAAUGAAAGGUGAUGUGGAUAUGUCAGUGCCGAAGAUAAAGGGAGGCAUAAAAACACCUGAAGUUGACAUCCAAGGUCCAGAGGUUGAUAUUGAAGGUCACAAAGGUGGAUUUGAAAUGCCUAAAAUCAAAAUGCCAUCAUUUGGCUUCAAAGGUCCAAAAAUGGAAGGUCCAGAUAUUGAUAUAAACCUUCCCAAAGGUAACAUUGAUGUUAAAGCACCUGAUGCUAAUAUUGAAGGACCGGACUUUGAUGUUGAAGGUCCUGAUGUAAAAUUGAAAGGAUCCAAAUUCCAACUGCCAUCAAUCUCAGUACCUAAGCUGCCAGAAUGGGAUGUGAGUCUGAAAGGGCCCAAAAUGAAAGGAGAUUUCGAUGUGUCAGCUCCAAAGAUUGAGGGUGACAUCAAAGCUCCCAAGGUUGAGAUUGAAGGACCAGAUGUCGACAUUGAAGGCCACAAAGGAGGAUUUAAAAUGCCUAAAUUUCAUAUGCCCUCCUUUGGACUAAAAGGUCCAAACAUUGAAGGACCAGACGUUGAUGUCAGCCUCCCAAAAGCUGAUAUUGACAUUAACGCUCCUGAACUGGAUAUCAAAGGACAAGACUUUGACAUUGAGAGUCGAAGUGGUAAAAUCAGAGGACCCAAAUUCAACAUGCCAAGCAUUUCAGGACCUAAACUAUCCAUGCCAGAUGUGGAUUUCAAUCUGAAAGGUCCCAAAAUGAAAGGUGAUGUGGAUAUGUCAGUGCCGAAGAUAAAGGGAGGCAUAAAAACACCUGAAGUUGACAUCCAAGGUCCAGAGGUUGAUAUUGAAGGUCACAAAGGUGGAUUUGAAAUGCCUAAAAUCAAAAUGCCAUCAUUUGGCUUCAAAGGUCCAACAAUGGAAGGUCCAGAUGUUGAUAUAAACCUUCCCAAAGGUAACAUUGAUGUUAAAGCACCUGAUGCUAAUAUUGAAGGACCGGACUUUGAUGUUGAAGGUCCUGAUGUAAAAUUGAAAGGAUCCAAAUUCCAACUGCCAUCAAUCUCAGUACCUAAGCUGCCAGAAUGGGAUGUGAGUCUGAAAGGGCCCAAAAUGAAAGGAGAUUUCGAUGUGUCAGCUCCAAAGAUUGAGGGUGACAUCAAAGCUCCCAAGGUUGAGAUUGAAGGACCAGAUGUCGACAUUGAAGGCCACAAAGGAGGAUUUAAAAUGCCUAAAUUUCAUAUGCCCUCCUUUGGACUAAAAGGUCCAAACAUUGAAGGACCAGACGUUGAUGUCAGCCUCCCAAAAGCUGAUAUUGACAUUAACGCUCCUGAACUGGAUAUCAAAGGACAAGACUUUGACAUUGAGAGUCGAAGUGGUAAAAUCAGAGGACCCAAAUUCAACAUGGCAAGCAUUUCAGGACCUAAACUAUCCAUGCCAGAUGUGGAUUUCAAUCUGAAAGGUCCCAAAAUGAAAGGUGAUGUGGAUAUGUCAGUGCCGAAGAUAAAGGGAGGCAUAAAAACACCUGAAGUUGACAUCCAAGGUCCAGAGGUUGAUAUUGAAGGUCACAAAGGUGGAUUUGAAAUGCCUAAAAUCAAAAUGCCAUCAUUUGGCUUCAAAGGUCCAACAAUGGAAGGUCCAGAUGUUGAUAUAAACCUUCCCAAAGGUAACAUUGAUGUUAAAGCACCUGAUGCUAAUAUUGAAGGACCGGACUUUGAUGUUGAAGGUCCUGAUGUAAAAUUGAAAGGAUCCAAAUUCCAACUGCCAUCAAUCUCAGUACCUAAGCUGCCAGAAUGGGAUGUGAGUCUGAAAGGGCCCAAAAUGAAAGGAGAUUUCGAUGUGUCAGCUCCAAAGAUUGAGGGUGACAUCAUAGCUCCCAAGGUUGAGAUUGAAGGACCAGAUGUCGACAUUGAAGGCCACAAAGGAGGAUUUAAAAUGCCUAAAUUUCAUAUGCCCUCCUUUGGACUAAAAGGUCCAAACAUUGAAGGACCAGACGUUGAUGUCAGCCUCCCAAAAGCUGAUAUUGACAUUAACGCUCCUGAACUGGAUAUCAAAGGACAAGACUUUGACAUUGAGAGUCGAAGUGGUAAAAUCAGAGGACCCAAAUUCAACAUGCCAAGCAUUUCAGGACCUAAACUAUCCAUGCCAGAUGUGGAUUUCAAUCUGAAAGGUCCCAAAAUGAAAGGUGAUGUGGAUAUGUCAGUGCCAAAAAUCAAGGGAGGCAUAAAAACACCUGAAGUUGACAUCCAAGGUCCACAGGUUGACAUUGAAGGUCACAAAGGUGGAUUUGGAAUGCCUAAAAUCAAAAUGCCAUCGUUAUCAGGUCCAAAAAUGCCAGAAUUAGAUUUUAGUCUUAAAGGACCAAAGAUGAAGGGAGAUGUGGCCACUCCAAAGAUUGAGGGAGACAUGCAAUCACCUGAGUUUGAAAUCAAAGGUCCUAAUGUCGAUUUUGAAAUUCCAGAGGGACAACUUACUGGGCCAAAGGUGAAGUUACCAAAAAUAUCUGGACCGAAUAUUUCAUUGCCAGAUGUUGACAUCAAUCUGAAGGAGCCAAAGUUGAAAGGUGACUUGAAAGGGGAUGUUCUACUUGCAAAAGCUGAAGUUGAGGGUCCAGAUGUCACAAUUGAUGUUCCCGAAAUUGGCACGAAGAAGUCUAAAUUCAAAAUGCCAAAGUUUGGGUUUAAGAGCCCAAAGAUAAAGGCACCUGAAACUGAUGUUGAAAUGGUAAAAGGAGGAAUCAGCAUUAAAGGGAAAAGUGGUAGCUCUGAAGGUCUUGAUCUUGACCUUGGAAUGACUGGUUCGAAAACUAAAGGAGGAAAAUUCAAGAUGCCAAAGUUUGGUUUCAAAGGAUCAAAGGUUGAAAUGCCAGAAGUUGAUCUUCCCAAUGUUGACAUUGAAAGACCAGAUGUUAAAAUUGAGACUCUCGAUGGAAAAAUCAAAGGAACAAAACUGAAAAUGCCAAACAUCUCAGGACCAAAAUUGUCCAUGCCAGAUGUGGAUUUCCAUUUGAAAAGUCCAAAACUCAAAAGUGAUGUGGAUGUGUCAUCUCCAAAGAUUGAAGGAGAGAUACAAAUACCGGACAUUGAUGUCAAAGCUCCACAAGUUGAUAUUGAAGGUCCUAAAGGUGGAUUUGAAAUGCCUAAAAUCAAAAUGCCUUCCUUUGGCUUCAAAGAUCCAAAAAUGGAAGGUUCGGAUGGAGAUAUAAACCUUCCCAAAGGUAACAUUAAUGUUAAAGUACCUGAUGCUAGCAUUAAAGUCCCGGACAUUGAUGUUGAAGGUCCUGAUGUAAAAUUGAAAGGAUCCAAAUUCCAACUGCCAUCAAUAUCUGGACCCAAGCUGCCAGAAUGGGAUGUGAGUCUGAAAGGGCCCAAAAUGAAAGGAGAUUUCAAUGUGUCAGUUCCAAAGAUUGAAGGUGACAUCAAAGCUCCAAAGGUUGGAAUGGAAGGACCAGAUGUCGACAUUGAAGGCCACAAAGGAGGAUUUAAAAUGCCUACAUUUAAUAUGCCCUCCUUUGGACUAAAAGUUCCAAACAUCGAAGGACCAGAUGUUGAUGUCAGCCUCCCAAAAGCUGAUAUUAACAUUAGCGCUCCUGAACUGGAUAUCAAAGGACUAGAUCUUGACAUUGAGAGUCCAAGUGGUAAAAUCAGAGGACCCAAAUUCAACAUGCCAAGCAUUUCAGGCCCUAAAAUCUCCAUGCCAGAUGUGGAUUUCAAUCUGAAAGGUCCAAAAAUGAAGGGAGAUUUCGAUGUGUCCAUUCCAAAGAUAAAGGGAGGCAUUAAAACACCUGAAGUUGACAUUCAAGGUCCACAGGUUGACAUUGAAGGUCACAAAGGUGGAUUUGAAAUGCCUAAAAUCAAAAUGCCAUCAUUUGGCUUCAAAGGUCCAAAAGUGGAAGGUCCGGAUGUUAAUAUAGACCUUCCCAAAGGUAACAUUGAUGUUAAUGUACCUGAUGCUAAUAUUAAAGGACCGGACUUUGAUGUUGAAGGUCCAGAUGUAAAAUUGAAGGGAUCCAAAUUCCAACUGCCAUCAAUAUCUGUACCCAAGCUGCCAGAAUGGGAUGUGAGUCUGAAAGGGCCCAAAAUGAAGGGAGAUUUCGAUGUGUCAGUUCCAAAGAUUGAAGGUGACAUCAAAGCUCCCAAGGUUGGCAUUGAAGGACCAGAUGUCGAAAUUGAAGGCCACAAAGGAGGAUUUAAAAUGCCUACAUUUCAUAUGCCCUCCUUUGGACUAAAAGGUCCAAACAUUGAAGGACCAGACGUUGAUGUCAGCCUCCCGAAAGCUGAUAUUGACCUUAGCACUCCUGACUUAAAUAUCAAAGGACCAGACAUUGACAUUGAGAGUCCAAGUGGUAAAAUCAGAGGACACAAAUUCAACAUGCCAAGCCUUUCAGGCCCGAAAAUCUCCAUGCCAGAUGUGGAUUUCAAUCUGAAAGGUCCGAAAAUGAAGGGAGAUUUCGAUGUGUCCGUUCCAAAGAUUAAGGCUGACAUAAAAACUCCGAAGGUUGACAUUGAAGGACCAGAUGUCGACAUUGAAGGCCACAAAGGAGGAUUUAAAAUGCCUAAAUUUAAUAUGCCCUCCUUUGGACUAAAAGGUCCAAACAUCGAAGGACCAGACGUUGAUGUCAGCCUCCCAAAAGCUGAUAUUGACAUUAACGCUCCUGAAGUGGAUAUCAAAGGACCAGACUUUGACAUUGAGAGUCCAAGUGGUAAAAUCAAAGGACCCAAAUUCAACAUGCCAAGCAUUUCAGGACCUACACUAUCCAUGCCAGAUGUGGAUUUCAAUCUGAAAGGUCCCAAAAUGAAAGGUGGUGUGGAUAUGUCAGUGCCGAAGAUAAAGGGAGGCAUACAAACACCUGAAGUUGACAUCCAAGGUCCACAGGUUCAAAUUGAAGGUCACAAAGGUGGAUUUGAAAUGCCUAAAAUCAAAAUGCCAUCAUUUGGCUUCAAAGGUCCAAAAGUGGACGGUCCGGAUGUUAAUAUAAACCUUCCCAAAGGUAACAUUGAUGUUAAUGUACCUGAUGCGAAUAUUAAAGGACCAGCCUUUGAUGUUGAAGGUCCUGAUGUAAAAUUGAAGGGACCCAAAUUUCAACUGCCAUCAAUAUCUGGACCCAAAAUGCCAGGAUGGGAUUUGAGUCUGAAACGGCCCAAAAUAAAGGGAGAUUUGGAUGGUUCACUUCCAAAGAUUGAGGGUGACAUCGAAGGACCAGAAAUAGACAUUGAAGGUCACAAAGGAGGAUUUAAAAUGCCUAAAUUUCAUAUGCCCUCAUUUGGACUAAAAGGUCCAAACAUUGAAGGACCAGACGUUGAUGUCAGCCUCACGAAAGCUGAUAUUGACCUUAACACUCCUGACUUAAAUAUCAAAGGACCAGACAUUGACAUUGAGAGUCCAAGUGGUAAAAUCAGAGGACCCAAAUUCAACAUGCCAAGCCUUUCAGGCCCGAAAAUCUCCAUGCCAGAUGUGGAUUUCAAUUUGAAAGGUCCGAAAAUGAAAGGAGAUUUCGAUGUGUCAGCACCAAAGAUUGAGGGUGACAUCAAAGCUCCCAAGGUUGACAUUGAAGGACCAGAUGUCGACAUUGAAGGCCACAAAGGAGGAUUUAAAAUGCCUAAAUUUAAUAUGCCCUCCUUUGGACUAAAAGGUCCAAACAUCGAAGGACCAGACGUUGAUGUCAGCCUCCCAAAAGCUGAUAUUGACAUUAACGCUCCUGAACUGGAUAUCAAAGGACCAGAUUUUGACAUUGAAAGUCCAAGUGGUAAAAUCAGAGGACCUCAAUUCAACAUGCCAAGCAUUUCAGGCCCUAAAAUCUCCAUGCCAGAUGUGGAUUUCAAUCUGAAAGGUCCCAAAAUGAAGGGAGAUUUCGAUGUGUCCAUUCCAAAGAUUAAGGCUGACAUAAAAACUCCGAAGGUUGACAUUGAAGGACCAGAUGUCGACAUUGAAGGCCACAAAGGAGGAUUUAAAAUGCCUAAAUUUAAUAUGCCCUCCUUUGGACUAAAAGGUCCAAACAUCGAAGGACCAGACAUUGAUGUCAGCCUCCCAAAAGCUGAUAUUGACAUUAACGCUCCUGAAGUGGAUAUCAAAGGACCAGACUUUGACAUUGAGAGUCCAAGUGGUAAAAUCAAAGGACCCAAAUUCAACAUGCCAAGCAUUUCAGGACCUACACUAUCCAUGCCAGAUGUGGAUUUCAAUCUGAAAGGUCCCAAAAUGAAAGGUGGUGUGGAUAUGUCAGUGCCGAAGAUAAAGGGAGGCAUACAAACACCUGAAGUUGACAUCCAAGGUCCACAGGUUCAAAUUGAAGGUCACAAAGGUGGAUUUGAAAUGCCUAAAAUCAAAAUGCCAUCAUUUGGCUUCAAAGGUCCAAAAGUGGAUGGUCCGGAUGUUAAUAUAAACCUUCCCAAAGGUAACAUUGAUGUUAAUGUACCUGAUGCUAAUAUUAAAGGACCAGCCUUUGAUGUUGAAGGUCCUGAUGUAAAAUUGAAGGGACCCAAAUUUCAACUGCCAUCAAUAUCUGGACCCAAAAUGCCAGGAUGGGAUUUGAGUCUGAAACGGCCCAAAAUAAAGGGAGAUUUGGAUGGUUCACUUCCAAAGAUUGAGGGUGACAUCGAAGGACCAGAAAUAGACAUUGAAGGUCACAAAGGAGGAUUUAAAAUGCCUAAAUUUCAUAUGCCCUCAUUUGGACUAAAAGGUCCAAACAUUGAAGGACCAGACGUUGAUGUCAGCCUCACGAAAGCUGAUAUUGACCUUAACACUCCUGACUUAAAUAUCAAAGGACCAGACAUUGACAUUGAGAGUCCAAGUGGUAAAAUCAGAGGACCCAAAUUCAACAUGCCAAGCCUUUCAGGCCCGAAAAUCUCCAUGCCAGAUGUGGAUUUCAAUUUGAAAGGUCCGAAAAUGAAAGGAGAUUUCGAUGUGUCAGCACCAAAGAUUGAGGGUGACAUCAAAGCUCCCAAGGUUGACAUUGAAGGACCAGAUGUCGACAUUGAAGGCCACAAAGGAGGAUUUAAAAUGCCUAAAUUUAAUAUGCCCUCCUUUGGACUAAAAGGUCCAAACAUCGAAGGACCAGACGUUGAUGUCAGCCUCCCAAAAGCUGAUAUUGACAUUAACGCUCCUGAAGUGGAUAUCAAAGGACCAGACUUUGACAUUGAGAGUCCAAGUGGUAAAAUCAAAGGACCCAAAUUCAACAUGCCAAGCAUUUCAGGACCUAAACUAUCCAUGCCAGAUGUGGAUUUCAAUCUGAAAGGUCCCAAAAUGAAAGGUGGUGUGGAUAUGUCAGUGCCGAAGAUAAAGGGAGGCAUACAAACACCUGAAGUUGACAUCCAAGGUCCACAGAUUCAAAUUGAAGGUCACAAAGGUGGAUUUGAAAUGCCUAAAAUCAAAAUGCCAUCAUUUGGCUUCAAAGGUCCAAAAGUGGACGGUCCGGAUGUUAAUAUAAACCUUCCCAAAGGUAACAUUGAUGUUAAUGUACCUGAUGCGAAUAUUAAAGGACCAGCCUUUGAUGUUGAAGGUCCUGAUGUAAAAUUGAAGGGACCCAAAUUUCAACUGCCAUCAAUAUCUGGACCCAAAAUGCCAGGAUGGGAUUUGAGUCUGAAACGGCCCAAAAUAAAGGGAGAUUUGGAUGGUUCACUUCCAAAGAUUGAGGGUGACAUCGAAGGACCAGAAAUAGACAUUGAAGGUCACAAAGGAGGAUUUAAAAUGCCUAAAUUUCAUAUGCCCUCCUUUGGACUAAAAGGUCCAAACAUUGAAGGACCAGACGUUGAUGUCAGCCUCACGAAAGCUGAUAUUGACCUUAACACUCCUGACUUAAAUAUCAAAGGACCAGACAUUGACAUUGAGAGUCCAAGUGGUAAAAUCAGAGGACCCAAAUUCAACAUGCCAAGCCUUUCAGGCCCGAAAAUCUCCAUGCCAGAUGUGGAUUUCAAUUUGAAAGGUCCGAAAAUGAAAGGAGAUUUCGAUGUGUCAGCACCAAAGAUUGAGGGUGACAUCAAAGCUCCCAAGGUUGACAUUGAAGGACCAGAUGUCGACAUUGAAGGCCACAAAGGAGGAUUUAAAAUGCCUAAAUUUAAUAUGCCCUCCUUUGGACUAAAAGGUCCAAACAUCGAAGGACCAGACGUUGAUGUCAGCCUCCCAAAAGCUGAUAUUGACAUUAACGCUCCUGAAGUGGAUAUCAAAGGACCAGACUUUGACAUUGAGAGUCCAAGUGGUAAAAUCAAAGGACCCAAAUUCAACAUGCCAAGCAUUUCAGGACCUACACUAUCCAUGCCAGAUGUGGAUUUCAAUCUGAAAGGUCCCAAAAUGAAAGGUGGUGUGGAUAUGUCAGUGCCGAAGAUAAAGGGAGGCAUACAAACACCUGAAGUUGACAUCCAAGGUCCACAGAUUCAAAUUGAAGGUCACAAAGGUGGAUUUGAAAUGCCUAAAAUCAAAAUGCCAUCAUUUGGCUUCAAAGGUCCAAAAGUGGACAGUCCGGAUGUUAAUAUAAACCUUCCCAAAGGUAACAUUGAUGUUAAUGUACCUGAUGCGAAUAUUAAAGGACCAGCCUUUGAUGUUGAAGGUCCUGAUGUAAAAUUGAAGGGACCCAAAUUUCAACUGCCAUCAAUAUCUGGACCCAAAAUGCCAGGAUGGGAUUUGAGUCUGAAACGGCCCAAAAUAAAGGGAGAUUUGGAUGGUUCACUUCCAAAGAUUGAGGGUGACAUCGAAGGACCAGAAAUAGACAUUGAAGGUCACAAAGGAGGAUUUAAAAUGCCUAAAUUUCAUAUGCCCUCCUUUGGACUAAAAGGUCCAAACAUUGAAGGACCAGACAUUGAUGUCAGCCUCACGAAAGCUGAUAUUGACCUUAACACUCCUGACUUAAAUAUCAAAGGACCAGACAUUGACAUUGAGAGUCCAAGUGGUAAAAUCAGAGGACCCAAAUUCAACAUGCCAAGCCUUUCAGGCCCGAAAAUCUCCAUGCCAGAUGUGGAUUUCAAUUUGCAAGGUCCGAAAAUGAAAGGAGAUUUCGAUGUGUCAGCACCAAAGAUUGAGGGUGACAUCAAAGCUCCCAAGGUUGGCAUUGAAGGACCAGAUGUCGACAUUGAAGGCCACAAAGGAGGAUUUAAAAUGCCUAAAUUUCAUAUGCCCUCCUUUGGACUAAAAGGUCCAAACAUUGAAGGACCAGACGUUGAUGUCAGCCUCCCGAAAGCUGAUAUUGACCUUACCACUCCUGACUUAAAUAUCAAAGGACCAGACAUUGACAUUGAGAGUCCAAGUGGUAUAAUCAGAGGACCCAAUUUCAACAUGCCAAGCAUUUCAGGCCCUAAAAUCUCCAUGCCAGAUAUGGAUUUCAAUCUAAAAGGUCCCAAAAUUAAAGGUGACGUGGAUAUGUCAGUGCCAAAGAUAAAAGGAAGCAUAAAAACACCUGAAGUUGACAUCCAAGGUCCACAGGUUCAAAUUGAAGGUCACAAAGGUGCAUUUGAAAUGCCUAAAAUCAAAAUGCCAUCAUUUGGCUUCAAAGGUCCAAAAGUGGACGGUCCGGAUGUUAAUAUAAACCUUCCCAAAGGUAACAUUGAUGUUAAUGUACCUGAUGCGAAUAUUAAAGGACCAGACUUUGACAUUGAGAGUCCAAGUGGUAAAAUCAAAGAACCCAAAUUCAACAUGCCAAGCAUUUCAGGACCUACACUAUCCAUGCCAGAUGUGGAUUUCAAUCUGAAAGGUCCCAAAAUGAAAGGUGGUGUGGAUAUGUCAGUGCCGAAGAUAAAGGGAGGCAUACAAACACCUGAAGUUGACAUCCAAGGUCCACAGGUUCAAAUUGAAGGUCACAAAGGUGGAUUUGAAAUGCCUAAAAUCAAAAUGCCAUCAUUUGGCUUCAAAGGUCCAAAAGUGGAAGGUGCGGAUGUUGAUAUAAACCUUCCCAAAGGUAACAUUGAUGUUAAUGUACCUGAUGCUAAUAUUAAAGGACCGGACUUUGAUGUGGAAGGUCCUGAUGUAAAAUUGAAAGGGCCCAAAUUCCAACUGCCAUCAGUAUCUGGACCCAAGCUGCCAGAAUGGGAUGUGAGUCUGAAAGGGCCCAAAGCGAAGGGAGAUUUUGAUGUGUCAGUUCCAAAGAUUGAAGGUGACAUCAAAGCUCCAAAGGUUGACAUUGGAGGACCGGAUGUCGACAUUGAAGGCCACAAAGGAGGAAUUAAAAUGCCUAAAUUCCAUAUGCCCUCCUUUGGAUUAAAAGGUCCAAACAUCGAAGGACCAGACGUUGAUGUCAGUCUUCCGAAAGCUGAUAUUGACAUUAACGCUCCUGGCUUGGAUAUCAGAGGAGCGGACUUUGACAUUGAGAGUCCAAGUGGUAAAUUCAGAGGACCUAAAUUCAACAUGCCAAGCAUUUCAGGACCUAAACUCUCCAUGCCACAUGUGGAUUUCAAUCUAAAAGGUCCCAAAAUGAAAGGUGAUGUGGAUAUGUCAGUGCCAAAGAUAAAAGGAGGCAUACAAACACCUGACGUUGACAUCCAAGGUCCACAGGUUGUCAUUGAAGGCCACAAAGGAGGAUUUAAAAUGCCAUCAAUCAACAUCAAAGGUCCAAAAUGGGAGGGUUCAGACGUUGAUCUAAAACUUCCCAAAGGAAACACUGACAUGACAGCACCUGAUGUUGAUGUCAAAGUAAAAGGAUCUCAAGUUAAAGGAAAUAUGGAUGCAUCAGUGCCCAAAUUGGAAGCAGAUAUCAGAGGUCCGAAUUAUAACAUUGCUGGACCCAUCAUCACUACGGAAAGUGUAUCUGUUGACCCUGUAUGGACUGGAGUUACAUUUCCCAAGUUCAAAGGUCCUAAAUUCGGAAUUAAAUCCCCUGAACUCAGUGUGGAAGCACACGGUUCCAAAACAGAAAUGAGUUUCCCAGAUACUGAAGCAAGUCUUGAUGCCCCUGAUAUUAAUGUCAAUGUAAAGGGGAAAAAGGGGAAAUUCAAACUUCCUAAAGUGAAAGGAAGGGCAAAGAAACUUAAUAUAGACAUAGAAACACCAGCAGCAGACUUGGAUUCAGACACACCUAAUAUUCAUGUCAAAGGAACAAAGGCAAAGAAGCCUCUUUUUGGUAAGCUUCAUUUUCCUAAUGUGGAAUUUGAUAUCAAAUCACCAAAGUUGAAAGGCGAUGGAUCUUUUUCAGAAGGAUUCAAAUCAUCUGACAUAGAUUUUCCAUCUGCUAGCUUGAACACUUCUAUUGAUGCUUCUGGUAUUGAGAGUCCAAAAGUUCACUUCGGAGAAACAGAUGUAAAAUUUAAUCCAAAAUUAAAAAUGACAAAUGUGAACGUUUCCACUUCGGAUAUUGAUGCAAAUCUUAACAGACAAGGAGAGGCAACAUUGAGUGCAGGUUUUACAGGACAAAAAAUUAAUGUGAAAGGUGGUUCAGAGUUUGAUGCAAGUGUUUCUGGGGCCAGUACCAGCGGUGGCCUUCAUUACCCAGAAGGUACUGUAACAUUUCCCAAAAUCAAGGUACCAACAUUUGGUAUUGCUCUCCCUCAGAUUGAAGGCCAGGCAGAUGAAGGACAUGUUGCUUCAGCUAGUGGAGGAAUGAACAUAAAGUCUCCAUCAGUCAGUUGCCAAGUCAGUUCACAAAAUGUUGAGGUUCCCAGUCCAGAACUGAGGCACAGAGAAGGAAAGGUAAAGUUAAAGAUGCCAAAAAUGUUUGGCAAAUCAAAAGCAAAGGGCAGUAGUGCAGGUGACCUUCGAGGACCAGAGGUUGAAUUGAGUUCAAGUGGAAAAGGCAGUAAGGUACAUACUGGGGAACUGAUAGGUGGGAAAUUGAAAGUAGAGGGUAAUCCUGGGCUCAGUGUGUCAACUAAAGGCAAGUCAGCCUCACUGGAUCCAAUGAAGAAAUCAAGGCAUCGGUCUUCUUCUCUGAGUGAUGAGGGGGAGCUUGCAGUAAGUUCCCCUUCAGCUCACUUAGAUGCUGAGGGUGGUGAUAUUUCAUUAGACCUGGGAGGAAGCAAGAUGAAAGGGAAAAAAGGCAAGUUGAAGUUUGGCACCUUUGGAGGUUUUGGUUCAAAGUCAAAGGGCUCAUAUGAAGUUUCACUUGGUGAGGAGGGGGAAGCAGGUGCAGGUGUUAAUCUACCCUCUAAAAAAUCAAGAUUGUCUUCAUCGUCCAGCAGUGACAGCGGUUCAAGAGGUGGUUUUAGGUUCCCAAGACUUGAACUAUCCGUUUCACCAAAAAAAUGAUUCAUUAUGAGGGGAAUUAAACUCUUUCAUAUACAACCAAAUAGAUAAAUAGAACUGACAAAUGAUUCAAUGUAUACAUCUUUAAAACCUAAGGGCACGUACACAGUCAUCUCAAUAUUGUUAACUCUGUGUAAUCUUUUUUUCAGUAAUUAGACAGGAGUGCAUGAGAUUGUUCAAAAUCCCUUAUAACUGUAAAUAAGAUUAAUUUGUAUUGUAGUAAUACAUAUUGUGUUUUGUAUAUAGUCCAGAUUUAUUGAACACAUGCCAUCCGACCAAAUUUUUAAAAAUAGUCUAUUACAGGGAUGGCAUUUUGUCCUGUUUUAUUCUAAUAAAUGAAUGUUAUUAAGGAACAGGUGUGGUAUAUUUGUAUCCAGGGGUCUAUUGCACAGAACAGAUAGUUACAAUUGUUAUUUUGAAGGAAGACGUUUGUACAACCAAACACAAUUAUAAACAGUUACCAGUUCUUUUAUGUAUGACAUUAUAUUUCAAGCUUUGUAAUAAUAUAAUCUGCAUAGAAGUAUAUUCAGGCAAGAUCGAGCUGGCCCUUUAUAAUCCAUUCUAAAGAGUAGUGGUGUUGUGCCGUAUUUGCAAAGACAAUCACUGUUUGGAAACUACCAAUUCUCUGAAAUGCUGUUCAUUUUUUUUGAAACUUUAUUCACCCUCUGAUUAUGUAACAUUUAUGAAUACAUAUGCAAUGUUUUAUUUGUUUUCAACAUUUUUUGCUUCCAAAUCCUGUAUCAUUUUCAUCCUCACCUGUUUCAUGACCCUUUUUUAUUUCCUGUUACUCUCCAUUUGUACACUCACCUUUAAGAUAAUGUUUAAAAAAAAUAUAUAUAUAUAUAAGAAACUCACUUUUUGAUUCCAAAAAAACAUAAUAUGUGUUAAUAAUAGCGAGUUGCAUAGCUUUGAUCAGAUAUGAUGGAGAUAGAGCAUGAUUAUUUGGGUCUAUUCUUUUGUGUGCAUUCUGCCAAAUAAACAAACAAAAAAGAUC